UCUCCGCCAUUAAGAACCGCUUAGCCUCGCGCGGGCCCCUUCGCGCCACUCCCUCCUCAGGGGAAGCGGCGCUUACCCGUGGGCGCUGAGGGAGGCGAACGGCCUGGAAGAAACCGAGCGCGGGGAUCCUUUUCGGCCUACCUCAGCGUCCUCGUCCUGCGACCACGGACCUGUGUGGGGUUAAGGCCGGGCUGUGAGGAGGAAGAGCGGAGACGACGGCGGCUCGGGGCCAGGGUCAGGGCCUGCUUGCCUCCCGCCCGCCCCGCUGCCGCCGCCAUUAUGCGCCACAGCCUGGCCCAGCUCCUGGCGACCUCGUCGGACCGGGACAGCCCUCGGGAGCCCGCCGCGGCCUGUUCGUUUCCUCGCGCGAGGACGCCCGCCGGGAGCGGCAGGAGCAGUCCGGGGGAGGCGGGCGUCGAGGCCGAGCCACGCCACGAGGAAGCGGCAUUGGCGGCGGCAAGUUUGCUUGAAGAGCCGGACGAGGACGGCAGCGAUGAGCUGCUUUUCCCGGCGGGGCUGGAACUGGACGACUGGCUGGAGGCGGCGGUGGCCGAAACCCGGCCGGAUUGGGAAAUGAGCGGAGGAGAAGGAGGCGGGAGCCCCACGACCACGUCGGAGCCGCCAUCGGCCUCAAGGCCCGGCCGGCCGGGAAGCAGCCGACUGAAAGCGGCGGCCGCGGCCCGCCUGAACCGCCAGAAGAAGAAGCAGUACGUGAUGGGGCUGGAGACCCGGCUGCAAGGCCUGGCCGCCGAGAACCGGCAGCUGCGCGACCGCAACCGGGGCCUUUGCCGCCGCCUGCGGGACCUGGAGCGGGAGACCAGCUACUUGCGGGCCGUGCUGGCCAACCAGAGCGCCCUGGGGCGGCUCUUGAGCCACCUGGCCGGGGACGGCGCCGGGAGAGUGGGGCUGAGGGUCAGCAGCAGCCUUUUCGAGGAUCGGGCGGCGGCGGCGGCGGCGGCCUCGUUGGAGACGCCGUUUGCCUGCGAGAGCAGCAGCAGCAGCAGCAGCGACCACGAUUACGCCCUCCCGGUUCCAGUGCAAGAAGAGAACAAGUGGGCGGUUUCUUCCAGUCCCGGCGGCAUUUGCCUCCACGUCGACCGGGACCGGGUCUCGGUGGAGUUCUGCUCCGUGUGCGCCAGGCGAGCAGCAAAUUCUGUUUUUGCAGACGCUUCAGCUGCUGCUUCCUCCUUCGCCUCCAAAAUUUUCUCUUUUAGGUGCUUGCCCUGCCAGGCUCCGUUGUGUAGGGGUUAAAAGAAAAGUCGUUUUCCACCUCGCAACCUGUGGAUACAGCUGUCAUGGGGCAGAAGAGACGGGACCAGCUGCUGGCCACACUUCCUGCUUUAUUUUAAAAGGUAGUAUGAGAAAAAGGGGGAAAGGUAACACAGGGCAUUUGCUGUAUUUCAAUUUAAAACAACAGCAACACAGAAUAACGUGAAUGUCUUGAAUAACUAAUCCAACCUAUCAAGAAAGUGAAUAUAGUACUAAUGUGAAAAGUGACAAUGUGAAAAAGCAGUUUCUUGCUCACUCAUCAAUUUCUGGUUUAUUCCUAUUCACAUCUGAUUGGCUAAUGUUUUGAACAUUCAUUCAACAUUGCAAAGACCAUCAGCCUUAUCCUAACCAUGAAUUUUUGAGGUAAAUUUAGGAUGGGAGCCAAAGGGAGAUUUUAAUCUGUAUUUCUCAUUGAUAUGGCUGUUCACAUGCUGCUGUUAUAUCUGUUGUGGAAAGGUACAUAUUCCCAUCUUUGAGCUAUCAGUAGCCAACAGAGCAAAUUGCAACUCUCUUUUAGAGAAUGUUGCAACCUUUCCUGUCAGCAGUUCAUAUCUUGGUAUACUCUGUUUGCUUUUUAGAAAGUCCUCUAUAUAUUUGCUUGACAGAAUAUGAACAUAAGUAACUCAUAGAAAUGUAUACCAAGGAAUUUCUAACUCUAGCAUAAUUCAUAUUCUGUAUGUUAUUUUUCAUUGGGAACAGUUUAUUACAUACAGACCUUCUAGUAACUCCUUUGACUUGGAAGAAUUUAAUUUCUUAGCUAGAGUCCCCUACUUCUUCUGUUGCUAGUACCUCUUUCCAGUUGUCAGGCCAUCAUUUGCUAUACACAAUUUACUUGGUGUAUUUUUUGAAGUUGAUGCGUUUUUACAGUUGCUUUUCACAGUAGACAUUUUGUUAAUGUGGCGUUACUGUGAAAGUGGAAUUUCUCCUCUUUUUCUUUUUGUAUGAUUUAAACAGCUUGUUGGAUUAAAAAAAAAACAUUCUGGGUACUUAAACAACCUUGCGUGUCAUUGCCCCUUGAAGAAUAAGCUGUCGUAUCUGAAUAUACAUGAAGCAGCUGCUAAUUUUCAACAUGGCAGAUGACACAUCUGUUUAGCAAAAAGCCCAGAAAUAUGACUGCAGGGAUUUUAGUGCCUAUUGAAGCAUGUUAAAGCCAAAUAGAAUUGCAAACAUUUUUUUUUAUUUCUUGCUUGCUAAUCAGUUGGUGGAAUAUUGUUAAAUAUUUCUUGAAAUGGAAGCCUUGAACUGAAUAAUCUUAAGAGCUUGAAAAAUGUGUGAAUGUUUCUAUGUAACUAGUUCUGUCAUACUUAUUGAGAACACAGUGUCCUAAUAAAAAAAGACGUGUUUAUCUUCCA